AUGAUGAGACUUGACAAACAUAUUUACAAUUAUUUAAUUAGUAAUAAAGAUUAUUCAGAUUUAUUAUCAACCGAAAAGAAAGCGAUAAGUUGUCAGAACAAUAAGCUGUUAAAAAAUAGAUGCAAAUUUUGCAGUUUUAUAUACAAUUUAUUCUACAGAUUUAAAAUUAACAACAUUAGAAAUAUUUACUUUGAAAGUUCAUUCAUUGUAGUCAUAAAAAAAUACUUUUCUUCUGCACAAGCUAAAAUGCCUAAAACGUUUACAAAUAACAGGCAAGAUUUUACAUUUAGUCUAGAUUGCAAUAUCAAAUUUAAAAAUAUUAGUUCUAUUUCGAGUGAUAUUUCAAAGAUUUACAAACUUAUUGCACAUAAAGAUUACGAAACUAGUACUUCAAAUUUAAGAUGUUUUGUAAAAUUAUUUAAAUCAAAAAAAAUUAGAUUGCAAAAAUUUUAUAAUUCAAAAACACUUCCUUUAAAGUUUACAAUACUUAAAAAAGAUAUUACAUUUACUUACAUCUACAAACCCAACACAGAUCUGUCAAAUGAUUUAUUUGUUAGUCUCUUAAGCAAUCAUAUAUUUAAAAUACUAAAUAUUAAAUACAGAAUGAGUAAAAUACAUUUAAACCAAAACUUAAUUGAGAUUAAAAAAUCUAGAACUAUAAAGAAUUUUAGAAAUUACAAAGAUCUACGAAAUACUAUCUUAAAAGAUUCUUACAAUUCACUUAAUAAUUUUCUAAAAACAUAUGCAAUAUCUUUACUUAUAAGUUAUUUAUUUGGAGUAGGAGAUCGAACACUUGAUAAUAUGAUUAUAGAUAGUUAUGGAAAUUUUUAUAAUAUAGAUUUUGAAUACAUUUUAGGGGAUGAUCCUAAAAUUUUUAUAGAUUUUGCUAUACCAGAUGUAAUUUCUAAAUUUCUUAAAUCAGAUAUGUUAAUUUAUGAAAAAUUUAAAAAUUUGAUUAUUUUUUAUUUUAAUUUAAUUCAAGAAAGCAGUUUUGAGAUACUUUGCUAUGCCAAAAAGUUACAUAAAAAUGGUAUUUUUAAUUUUCACUGGCAUAAAUUUGAAGAAUAUUUUAAAGAAAAGAAUUCUAUAAAUAAUAAUUUUUUAAUAUUAAAAAUAGAUAGUGCAAUAGUUGAUCGUAGAAUUAAGGUUAUACAUUUUUUAAAUAAAGUGGGUAAAUCUAGUGUUUUAAGGAAGUUACUGAAUUUAGAUAUAUUUAAUUGUGCCUAA